AUGACUCGUUAUAUUGUCCCAUCGGUUGCUCUGUCCGCUAUCUAUUCUGCUUAUCGAUCAUAUUUUGAUCCGAAUUCAUCGAGCGCAUUUGGUAUUCGAACAAUCGAAGAUGCUGUUGCUUCACUCAAUGCAAAUGUUGAUGCUCUUGAAGCACUUCGUUUUAUUCAACAAUGUAGACCAGACAAUUCUUUUGUGUAUUCGUUGAGCCCUACAGCUCUUGGAGUUCUUGCACUUCGUGGAUCUGAAUUUUGCAAACAUGUUCCAGUUACUAGAUGUGAAAUGGAUGAGGAUGAUUCAACGUUUUCUUCGAUUUUGUCAAAGUUCAAUCUUGGAGAAGACUGGGAUAGCGGCAUAGCUUGGCUUAAUCGAGUCGCAUGUCCAGAAGAAGAUCUAGCAUGUCCAGAAGGUUGGUUUGGUCGUAGACCCAGCCAAGUACUACGAUUACUUCAUCUUCUUCGACUUUUAUUCGUCAGAACUGAACUCUCUUUCGAUCCUUCACAGAUUAGCGUUGAAGUUGUCCCAUUUCUGUACUUGAUCUAUACUCAAUUUCAAGGCGUUAAUAAAGAAUUAUCGACUCUUGCGUUAAAAACUCUCUCUAAUGUUGCUCUUAAUGGUCCUCCAUAUGCGGUCUCAAUAUUCACAUCAGACUGGUUACCUCUUCUUUCUUCUUUAGUCAUCCAUGGAAAAUCUCUAGAAGAAAGAUUGAUCUCUCACAAGAUUUGCCAGAAUGCCUUGAGUUCUUUGGGUGUCGUUAAUUAUCAGUUACGAUCCGAUAUUUACGAGUUAUUUCUUUCGGAAAAAGAACCUGAGGUUGAUAUUGUUAUGAUCCAUGGCUUAUGUGGCGGUGUAGCGUACACCUGGCGUCAGAAAGAUCAUUCCAGUAAUAUUGUCUCAGACUGUUGGCCAAAAGACUGGCUUCCGCUUGAUAUUCCACAACCAAUGCGUAUUCUUGGAUUAAAUUAUCCAUCGUAUCUUAUGCAAUUCACAGGAACUAUGGAGAGUUUGCAGGUUCGAGCCGACCGUUUUAAACCUCAAUUGGAAGCUGCAGGAGUUGGCAAAAGGCCAGUAAUAUUCAUAUGUCACAGCAUGGGUGGUUUAUUGGCGAAGCGCUUGCUUCUGGAUCUUCCAGCACUGGCUAAGAAAACGGUUGGAAUACUAUUCAUUGCUACACCACAUCGUGGUUCUCCUAUCGCUUCCUGGGGUUAUUCAAUACUGCAUCCUACAGAAGACGUUCUUCUUCUUCUGGAAGAAAAUCCAGUAAAUAAAAAGCUGAACGAGGACUUCUUCAAAAUCAGUGAUAAAAUCCCUGUGAUUGUAAGUAUGGUCGAAACAAAACAGUCGGAUCUUAUAGGUACUGCGAAAGGGAUGAUUGUUCCGACACAGUCUGCUGUUUACGAAAAAGGCGCCGUCUAUCACAUAGAAGAGGUCCAUCACAAUGUAUGUAAGCCAUCCGAACGAACAAGUCCAUCGUACGCUGUUGUGUUAAACUUCCUCCGUGAUUCUAUCCAGGAGGCUAAAAAAAGGAAAUUAUGA